AUGUUUUCAAUUAAGUCACUAGUGGUGCUUUAUUUACUUUUCAAGAGGUCGGUUCAGUUUGAGUUUGAGUAUUGUGACGAAGGCGAUGUCUACGAAAGUGAACAGCUACAGGACGAAUUGAACGAUGAUUUCAGCAGUGACGGUUUCCAAGAUGACUCACUGUCUGACUUUUUUACUUGCCCGGCGAAAUGCAAUCCAAACAUUGAUAAAUCUUGCUUGGUUACCAAUGAGGCCUUGGGAACAACAGUUUUUGAAUCCUUUUCAAAGGGUACUAAUUACUUUUCAAUUACAAGUAGUAGAAAAGGAAUCAAGUUUGGUGACGAUGGGAUGGAAUUGACAAUCAAAAAUAAGUUUGAGAAUCCGGCUUUAAAAUCCAGCUUUUACAUUAUGUACGGUAAAGUUGAGGCCGAGGUCAAGGGUGCAUUUGGAAGUGGUAUAGUUAGCUCCAUUUACUUGCAAAGUGAUGACUUGGAUGAGAUUGAUAUUGCCGAAAUAUUGGGAGGUGAUCCAUUUGACUAUCAAACAAACUAUUUUAUCAAGGGAAACGUUACCACUUAUGAUAGAGAACGAUACCAUAGAUUGCAAACAAGCCCAUUAAAGGAAUUUUACAAGUAUGGCGUCAAAUGGACACCAGACAAGAUUGUAUGGUACUUGGAUGAUCAACCGGUACGUCAAUUGAGCUGCAAAAACAAGCAGGGGUUUCCUACAUCACCAAUGGCGAUUAGGAUUAGUUUAUGGGCAGGAGAAGAUACAGAAAACGAAGGUACAAUUGCCUGGAGUAAAGGCCUUACUAAUUACCAAGAUGGUCCGUUUACCAUGAAUAUCAAGAACUUGAUGGUUAGCGACUAUUCAUCGGGCCAGUCUUAUUCUUAUGGUUGGCUACCAAAUGGGUCGUGGUUAAACUUGAUGGCCAAGGAUGGAGAGAUUUUUAAACCACGAGAUGGAGAUGACGGAGAUACAAAUGACAAGCCGCAAUCAUUGACUUCUUCACUUGAUUUUACCAAGGAAUUCACUUUACCAAGGGAGAGACACGGAGGUUGGACAUUGCCUCACGAGCGAGUGUGGUCACCCACUUGGUCAGCUACUCUGACUGAGUUGACGGAUUAUGCGUCAAUCACUGACGACUUUGUCACGCAAUACGACCCUGUUUAUCUCGAUAAAGAUCCAAUUGAACAGGUGUUUUCUACACUACCUGUUGAUGAAGCGACUGAGAUCAAGAAGGUAGUGAAUAAGGACUUUAAUGGGUUUGUCUCUGCUACAAAAACUACAUCCGCAAACUCCGAGUUGGUGAGUGAAUCCUGGUAUGCAACAACAUCAGUGCUGUCAACAGAGUAUCAUUUCACAACACUAAUUCACAAUAGCAAAAUGUCAGCUAAGUCUGUCACGACUACAACGACUAGCACACUUGCCAAGCAAGUCACGACUAGCACGACUAGCACGACUAGUACGCCAGCCAAGUCCACCAAAUCUACCAAAUCCACCAAAUCUACCAAAUCUGCCACGUCAACAAGCAAUAAUGAAUUCAUUCAAUUCCCCGAUCACGAACCUCAUCAUCAUCCGCAGCACAAAUUUGAUACGAAUGGGCAAAACGCUCAAUCAGGUGUUUCCAAGUUUGUAAUGCCCGUAUUCACCAUUGUACUCACUGAACUUAUGAUUAUCUUUACGUCAUUAUAA